GCAGGAUGGAGGUGCAUGGGCAAAAGGAAUUUGGUUUUGUAUCCCUAAUGUAAAGCAACAGGAUGUUCUUCUGAAGUCCCCGGGGAAAAGGCACAUUGGGUUUCAGUAGACCAGUGUUUAGACCAGUGUUGUGUGCCCCUCGCCCCUUGUGGGAUGAAGUUCUCUGUUGUCUGCUCCCCUGACACCACAGAUACCAUUAAUGCCAUUUUGGAUCCUGGGCUGUGGAACACAGAGGAGGGACCACAGGGUGAGGGUUUAAGUCUGAUUCAUUCUGACUCUACCCCCUCAGUAGCUGUGGCUGACAGCACUGAGUUUCCAGAGGCUGUUACAUCUGAUGCCAGCCCAGAGGAA